AUGGAGGGCAAAGUCUUCAUCGUUACUGGAGGUGCGUCUGGCAUCGGGCUUGCCACGGUGAAGCUACUCCUGGACAAAGGAGCUUCCGUCAGCGUUGGCGAUGUCAACGCAGAUGCUCUCGAUCACGCCUUUUCGUCUCAUGGGGGAAUCUACGGAGAAAGAUUACAUUACGAGGUGUUGGACGUCACCAAGCGAAACGAUGUUAAUUCUUUCAUAACUAUGACGAAACGGAAGUUUAAGCGUUUGGAUGGAUAUGCCAAUGUUGCAGGAACAGGAGGCCACUUCCUUGGCCAUGAGCCUGUUUCGGAUACAACUGACCAAGAAUACGAUUUCAUCAUGGACUUGAACGUUCGCGCGACAUUCAUUGCUGUUGGUGAAGUUCUCAGACAGGGUGUCAUGCCUGAGGAGGGCGGCAGCUUGGUGUGUGUGGGAAGCAUGUUUGGUCGCCGGGGGUUCAAGAAUGGAGCUGUGUUUUCUGCAUCAAAACAUGCCAUGACAGGACUCGUCAAGAGUGCAGCUCUGGAAGCUGGCCAAAGAGGAGUGCGAAUUAAUGUUAUUGAACCUGGCGCCAUUGACACUCCAAUGCAUCGAAAGAACAUGGAGAGAGACAUGCCCGAUCUUACACCCAACAAUCCGAUACCAAGAUUGGGGACUCCGGAGGAUGUGGCGAGCGUCAUUGCAUUCUUGUUGGGUGAUGAGUCUAAAUAUGUUACAGGGGCGCAAUACGCUGUUGACGGGGGCGCAAAUGCAUGA